CUACCAGGCGUUGAAUCUGCCCUGGUUUCUAUGGAGACAGACGGGCCGUCGAUUUAGCCAUUGAAAAUGUCCCCUUCAUUUAGCCUCUCUUUUCAGCUCUAUGUGUGACACCUACCGGCACUUGUGCUUACAUGUUCUGAGUACCUACGAUGUUUUAAAAAGUUAUGAUAAGACACGGGCCCUGGAAACGAAUGCCGGUUUCAAAGUCGUGUGUCACGUGACCUGAUGCCCGGAGCUCUGGAAAUGACGUCAUGUAUCCUACCGGCCGGCCUUCGGAGGACGCAGCCUGUGAAUUUGGACACAGGGAGGGAGUGACAGCAUAGUCGUAGAUGAUGGCCACGCUUCAGCAUAAAAGCAUUUCGUUGAGACCGCUCACCGUGUUGAAAGCAACUUUGUGUGGAGUGCAAGAUUCAUCAAGAGAUUCGAAGCGCGCCCUCUUCUUUUUGCUUUGUUAUGUUUCGUUGCAUGGAUACUGGAUUUGCCAUUUUGGCAGGAUUCGUUUUAUUUUGAAGGGCGCUGCCCGGAUCUGGAGGUAUUAAUCUUCCCUUUUCCCUGCGCGCGGUCGGCGGGCUCAGUGAUCCGCCUUCCAUCGUCCUUGCUUGCCUCCUUCAAUUCCUUCGGUUCUCGGCUGUGAUUCUGACCCGAGGUUCUGGAACGGAGACUCCGGACGGACCGACGGAGGGAUGGCCGCUCUGGACCGCUGUCGUCUUCCUUUGGGCAGAACGUGAAGAUGCUGAUGACGUCAGAGACCACAGGGCAGCAGUCUUGACAGGAAGUCAUGGCAGGCACGGUGGCGAGAAGGCGCCCGUGAGCCUUUGCGAUGGCGGACAAGACGGCGCCGCGCUGCCAGCUAAGGCUGGAGUGGAUCCACGGCUACCGCGGCCACCAGUGCCGCAACAACCUCUUCUACACGGCCGGGAAGGAGCUGGUCUACUUUGUGGCCGGGGUGGGCGUGGUCUACAACGCCCGAGAGCACACCCAGAAGUUCUACUUGGGACACGACGACGACAUCAUCAGCCUGGCGCUGCAUCCUGACAAAGUGCAGGUGGCCACGGGUCAGGUAGGCAAGGAGCCGUACGUGUGCGUGUGGGACACCUACGCCAUGCAGACCGUCUCCAUCCUGCGCGACGCGCACACCCACGGCGUGGCCUGUUUGGCUUUCGACGCCGACGGACAGCGCCUGGCCUCGGUGGGUCUGGACGCCAAGAACACGGUGUGCGUGUGGGACUGGAGAAGAGGACGCGUCCUCGCCUCGGCCAGCGGACACUCGGACAGAAUCUUCGACGUGGCCUGGGACCCGCAGCUCUCGACGCGACUGGUCAGCUGCGGUGUCAAACACAUCAAGUUCUGGACUCUGUGCGGCAAUGCCCUGACGCCCAAACGUGGGAUCUUUGGCAAGACGGGCGACCUGCAGACCAUUUUGUGCGUGGCCACCGCCAAGGAGCAGACCACCUACUCGGGAGCGCUCAACGGAGACGUGUACGUGUGGAGGGGAGCGGCGCUGGUCCGGACCGUGCAGGCGGCGCACGCUGCAGGAAUCUUCAGCAUGCACGCCAGCGAGGAAGGUUUUGCCACGGGCGGACGGGACGGUUGCGUGCGCCUUUGGGACGUCGACUUCAAGCCCAUCACCAAAAUCGACUUGCGGGAAGCCGAGCAGGGCUACAAAGGUCUGUCCAUUCGCAGUGUGUGCUGGAAGGCCGAGCGCAUUCUGGCCGGGACGCAGGACAGCGAGAUCUUCGAGGUCAUGGUCCGCGACAGGGACAAACCGCUGCUGCUGAUGCAGGGCCACAGCGAGGGUGAGCUGUGGGGGCUGGACCUCCACCCCAAGCAACCCCUCGCCGUCACCGGCAGCGACGACCGAUCCGUGAGGCUGUGGAGCCUUCCCGACCACACGCUGCUGGCCCGCUGCAACAUGGAGGAGUCGGUGCGCAGCGUUUCUUUCAACAACGACGGCUCCCAGCUGGCUCUCGGCAUGAAGGACGGCUCCUUCACCGUCCUGCGAGUCAGGGACAUGACGGAGGUGGUGCACAUUAAGGACCGCAAGGAGGUGAUACACGAGCUCAAGUUCUCUCCGGACGGCUCCUUCUUAGCGGCGGGCUCCAACGACGGCGUGGUGGACAUCUAUGCCGUGGCGCAGCGCUUUAAAAAAGUGGGCGAGUGCGCCCGCUCCACCUCGUUCAUCACGCACCUGGACUGGUCGGUCGACUCCCGCUUCCUGCAAACCAACGACGGCGCCGGGGAGCGCCUCUUUUACCGGACGCCGGUAGGAAAGCCGGUGUCCGAGGAGGAGGCCAAGGGGGUCCAUUGGAUGACAUGGACCGGCGUGCUGGGCCCAGAAGUCAACGGCAUCUGGCCCAAAUACUCCAACGUGACCAGCGUCAACUCGGUGGACGCCAACUACAGCGGCGGCGUGCUGGCAGCCGGCGAUGACCUGGGCCUGGUCAAACUCUUCCGCUUCCCGUGCCACAAGAAAGGCGCCAAAUUCAAAAAGUAUGUGGGCCACUCGGCCCACGUCACCAACGUGCGCUGGUCCAGCGACCUGCAGUGGGUGCUCAGUACCGGGGGGGCCGACCACGCCGUCUUCCAGUGGCGCUUCCUGCCCGAGGGCAUCAUGAACGGCGUCCUGGAGCCCCUCCUCCAAGAAGGCUACGCCGACUCCAACAGCGGCGACUCCGACUCGGACGUGUCCGACGUGCCCGAGAUCGACUCGGACGUGGAGCAGGAAUCUCAGCGCAGCUACGAACGGCAGGUUUACAAGGAUGAUCUGCCCCAGCUGCGCGGGAAGCUGAUUGGUUCCCUGAAGAGGCAGAAAGCUCCGGAGGAGGCGCUUUGUCUGCAGUUUGUCCACGGGUACCGGGGCUUCGACUGCCGUAACAACCUGUUCUACAGUCAAACGGGCGAGGUGCUGUACCACGUGGCCGCCGUGGCCGUGGUCUACAACCGGCUGCAGCACACUCAGCGCUUCUAUCGGGGCCACGACGACGACAUCCUCAGCCUGGCCGUGCACCCCGUCAAAGACCUCGCCGCCAGCGCGCAGGUGGGCCGAGACCCGGCCAUGCACGUGUGGGACGUGGCCACUCUGAAAUGUCUGUCGCUUCUCCGAGGUCACCACAGCGCUGGCGUAUGCGCGCUGGACUUUAGCGCCGACGGCAAGGUUUUGGUUUCCGUCGGAAUGGACCAUUUCCACUCGGUGGUCAUCUGGGACUGGAAGAAGGGCGAGCGACUGGCCAAAAGCAGAGGUCACAAGGACAAAGUGUUUGUGGUAAAGAGCAACCCCUUCCGGGCGGACAAGCUGGUCACGCUGGGGACCAAGCACAUCAAGUUCUGGCAACACUCAGGCGGCGGUCUGACGUUCAAGCGCGGAAUCUUCGGCAACCUCGGCAAGCAGGAGACCAUGAUGACGGCGUGUUACGGCCGCUCCGAGGACUCGCUGUACUCAGGGGCCACCAACGGUGACGUUUACGUUUGGCGGGAAACCACGCUGCUCAAGACUGUCAAGGCCCACGACGGGCCCGUCUUCGCCAUGUGUUCCCUGGAUAAGGGUUUCGUGACAGGCGGCAAGGACGGUGUGGUGGAACUGUGGGACGACGCCUUUGAAAGAUGUCUGAAGACCUACGCCAUCAAGAGGGCGCUUCUGUCCCCCUCGUCCAAAGGACUGCUGCUGGAAGACAACCCGUCCAUCCGAGCCAUCGCGCUGGGUCACGGCCACAUUCUCGUAGGCACCAAGAACGGAGAAAUUCUGGAGAUUGACAAGAGCGGGCCCAUGACCCUGCUGGUCCAGGGUCACAUGGAGGGCGAGGUGUGGGGUUUGGCCGCCCAUCCGCUGCUGCCCAUCUGCGCCACUGUCAGCGAUGACAAAACCCUGAGGAUGUGGGAACUGUCGGCCAAUCACCGAAUGGUGGCCGUGCGCAAGCUGAAGAAAGGCGGGCGCUGCUGCGCCUUCUCUCCCGACGGCAAAGCUCUGGCGGUGGGCCUGAACGACGGUAGCUUCCUGGUGGUCAAUGCCGACACGCUGGAAGACAUGGUGAGCUUCCACCACCGCAGGGAGCUCAUCUCCGACAUCCGCUUCUCCCCAGGCGCUGGCAAGUACCUGGCCGUGGCUUCCCACGAUUCCUUUGUGGACGUCUACAAUGUGCUGACCAGCAAGAGAGUGGGCAUCUGCAAAGGAGCCGCGAGCGUCGUCACUCACCUGGACUGGGACUCCAGAGGAAAACUUGUGCGUGUCAACACGGGAACCAAAGAGCAGCUCUUCUUUGAGGCCCCUCGAGGACGCCAGCAGACCAUCGAAGCGGCCGAGCUUGCCAAGCUGGAGUGGGCCAGCUGGACUUCGGUUCUGGGUCCCAGCUGCGAGGGCAUCUGGCCCCCGUUCGGCUUCGUCAAUGCGGCGGCGCUCACCAAAGACGGGAAAGUGCUGGCCAGCGGGGACGACUUUGGCUUCCUGAAGCUCUUCGGCUUCCCGUGCGGGGGUCAGUUCUCCAAGUUCAAGAAGUACGCAGGCCACAGCAUCAACGUGACCAACGUCCGCUGGUCCAACGACGACGCGCUGCUGCUGUCGGUGGGCGGGGCCGACACGGCGCUCAUGAUUUGGAGCAGGGAGCCUCCGGGUCACAAGGAGAACCAAGCGGCCGACAGUGAAGAGUCCGACGACGACGCAGAGGAAGACGGAGGCUACGACAGCGAUGUGGCUCGCGAGAGGGCCAUGGACUACGUGACCAAGGUCUACUCGGCCGGCAUCAGGAAGAUGACGGGGACCAAACCUCACCUGCAGUACAAGGAACCUGCCGUGGAAGAGAGAGCCCCGGUGAGUCGAGCCACUCCGCUGCCCGACAAGCUGAUGAGGAACCAGGUGUCCAAGAAGAGGAAAGCGGUAGAGGACCUCCGGCUGGAUCACGUCUUUGGCUACCGAGGCUCGGACUGCCGCAACAACCUGCACUACCUCAACGACGGCGCCGACAUUGUCUUCCACACGGCGGCUGCGGCCGUGGUGCAGAACCUGUCCUCGGGGACGCAGAGUUUCUAUCUGGAGCACACCGACGACAUCCUGUGCCUGACCGUCAACCAGCACCCCAAAUACCAAAACGUCAUCGCCACCGGGCAGAUCGGUGACAUUGCAGAGUUCCCAGGUUUGGCUCCAUCCAUCCACGUGUGGGACGCCGUGACCAAGCAGACCUUGUCCAUCCUGCGCUGCUCCCACACCAAAGGUGUGGGCUACGUCAACUUCAGCGCUACGGGGAAGCUGCUGCUGUCCGUGGGGGUGGAGCCCGAACAUGUCAUCAGCGUGUGGAGGUGGCAGGAAGGUGCCAGGGUGACCAGCAAAGGGGGCCACCCGGAGCGCAUCUUUGCCGUGGAGUUCCGACCGGACUCGGACAGCCAGUUUGUGUCGGUGGGCAUCAAGCACAUCAAGUUCUGGACUCUGGCGGGCGGCUCGCUCUUGUACAAGAAAGGCGUGCUGGGCGGCGUGGAAGACGGCCGCAUGCAGACCAUGUUGGCGGUGGCCUUUGGAGCCAACAACCUGACCUUCACCGGCGCCAUCAACGGCGACGUGUACGUGUGGCGGGAGCACUUCCUGGUGCGGGUGGUGGCCAAGGCGCACAGCGGGCCCGUCUUCAGCAUGUACACCACGCUGAGGGACGGACUCAUCGUCACGGGUGGAAAAGAACGUCCGACCAAGGAGGGUGGCGCCGUCAAACUUUGGGACCAGGAGAUGAAGCGGUGCCGAGCCUUUCAGCUGGAGACUGGCCAAGCUGUGGAGAACGUCCGCUCCGUCUGCAGAGGCAAGGGGAAGAUCCUGGUGGGAACCAAAGACGGCGAGAUCAUCGAAGUGGGCGAGAAGAACGCCGCCUCCAACACCAUGAUCAACGGACACACUCGGGGCGGCAUCUGGGGACUGGACGCGCACCCUUUCAAAGACGUCUUCAUCUCGGCCGGCGACGACGGUACCGUCCGCAUUUGGGACCUGGCCGAUAAGAAACUCCUGAACAAGGUGACCGUGGGCCACCCCGCCAAGUGUACCGCGUACAGCCCCAACGGAGAGAUGCUCGCCAUCGGCAUGGACAACGGAGAGUUCGUCAUCCUGCUGGUCAACUCGCUCACCGUGUGGGGGAAGAAGCGAGACCGCAGCGCCGCCGUCCAGGACGUCGGAUUUAGCCCAGACAACCGUUUCCUGGCGGUGGGGUGCGCCGAGAGUGCCGUGGACUUCUACGACCUGGCCCUGGGCUCCUCGCUCAACCGCGUGGGCUACUGCAAGGACAUCCCAGGCGGCGUCAUCCAGAUGGACUUCUCGGCCGACGGCCGGCGCAUCCAGGUGUCCACCAGUACCUACGCCCGGCAGGUGCAUGAGGUUCCUUCGGGCAAGAUGGUCGCCGACGCCUCCCUGACCGAGAGGAUCACCUGGGCCACUUGGACCAGCAUUCUGGGCGACGAGGUUCUGGGCGUUUGGCCUCGCAACGCCGACAAGGCCGACGUCAACUGCGCGUGCGUGGCCCGCGCCGGUCUCAACUUGGUGACUGGUGACGACUUUGGCCUCAUCAAGCUCUUCGACUUCCCCUGCGCGGAGAAAUUUGCCAAGCACAAGCGCUACUCGGGCCACUCGGCUCACGUGACCAACGUUCGUUUCUCCUGCGACGACAAGUUUGUCAUCAGCGCGGGCGGCAGCGACUGCAGUUUGUUUGUGUGGAAAUGUCAAUAGUCGGCAGCAUCCCGAGCCCACGAGCGGCGGGGACGUGCCUCUCCACCCGGGCGACGGCUCGGCUUCCGCACCAGAUGACGCCGGUCGGCCUUUUCUACACUUGAUGCAAACGCUUUUGUCACAUGGGAACAAGACGCUCGAGGUGAACGUGAGCCAUCAGCUGGGGGGGACCCUAUUUUGGACCUUGUGGUGUUUGUGUGCUUGUAUACUUUGUUUCAGUAGAAAGAAAAAGCAAACCAAAAAAACAGGGCGCUAUGCACGUUAGCCCACGUGGUUGUGCGCUAUCCUAACUCCCAUUCCUUAUUAAUUUGCUGUGGUCGGCUUCCUUGAGGGACGUUAGCGAGGCAAGCUAACAUCACACGCAGCACACUCGCCGACCGGCCGGUGCUAACGGCGAGGACUUGACAAUGUUGUAUCUUAGUGCGAGUGUGGUGUGGGGACGGCAUGUUGCGUAUUCAGUCUUGCUGUUUGUGUGCAUUCGGGGUAACUUGAAGUUAGCCACCUUUUCUUUGGCCAAACAAAAGAGUUUGUUAUUCGCCAUGUUUGAGCGUGCCAAACAAGGAAAUUGACUUUGGUAAAUCACACCCUCUGUUCUACAUUUAGGUGACUAACAACACUCAGGACAUGUGAAAAAUGGCAAAUAUUCUCAAACAUCCCCUGAUCUUAAAUUCCCAAAAGGGCAAGGAAAAACUCAAAACUCCAGCUAGGGGAAAUGAGAAACCUUGAGAAAAAACCACAGAUGGGAAAGUCCCUUAUCCAGGAUGACCAGGCUGGAAUGAAUGCAGAGAGGACACAUAGUACAAACAAUGUAGACAAAUUGAAAAAAUGUUUACCAUCAGUCCCGCGUUUGCUUAGCAUCGGCGGAAGGAGGAAUGCGCUAAGCUUGAGCAUGGCCCACGCAGCUCAAUGGGAUGCGCUCGGUGCUCUUUUUGUUUGUGAGAUUUGAUGGCGGUCAGUGUUUCAUGUUGACAAAGUUUACAAAGUGAGGGCAGAAAAAAAAAACCUUUUCAAUAAAAGGACUCAUGACACACA